AUGUCUGGUCUGUUCGAUGGUAUUCCAGAAGCAGUUGCUCUUAGAUGCCUUGCUCGUGUGCCAUUAGACACUCAUCCGAAUCUAGAGCUCGUGUCUCGUUCAUGGCGAACAGCGAUACGCAGCGAGGAGCUUUUUAAAGUCCGAAAAGAAGUUGGAUCAUUAGAGAAUCUUCUCUGUGUUUGUGCUUUUGAUCCUGAGAACAUUUGGCAAGUCUACAGUCCAAACUGUGAUCGAUGGCUCACUCUCCCUCUCCUUCCGUCAAGAAUUCGCCACCUCGCUCACUUCGGAGCUGUUACCGUCGCUGGAAAGCUCUUUGUUUUAGGUGGAGGUAGUGAUGCGGUUGAUCCGUUAACUGGUGAUCACGAUGGUACCUUUGCAACGGACGAGGUCUGGUCUUACGACUUUGUUCAGAGACAAUGGACUCAGCGAGCGCCAAUGCUCGUGCCUCGUGCUAUGUUCGCUUGUUGUGUUCUCGAUGGGAACAUUGUUGUCGCUGGCGGAUUCACGACUUGUCGGAAAUCGAUAUCUGGAGCUGAGAUGUAUGAUCCUGAGAAUGAUAUUUGGACUUCGAUCCCUGAUCUCCACAGGACUCAUAACUCGGCUUGCUCGGGUUUAGUGGUCAAAGGGAAAGUUCACGUUUUGCACAAAGGGUUAUCGACCGUGCAGGUUCUUGAGAGCGUUAAACUCGGAUGGGCUGUGAAAGAGUACGGUUGGCCUCAAGGUCCAAUGGCGGUUGUUGAAGACGUGCUUUACGUGAUGAGCCAUGGACUGGUGUUGAAGCAAGAAGAAGACGAUACGUGGAAGAUGGUUGCGUCGGCGUCUGAGUUUAAGCGGAGGAUUGGAAUGGCGGUGACGAGUUUGAGUGCUGAGGUUCUGAUUGUAGGAGGAGUGAUUGGACCUGAUAGGCUCAAUUGGGACAUCAAGCCGUUGUCGGACGUGGACGCUUUGACAGUUGGGAGUGAUCGUCUGGCGUGGCGCAAGGUCGCGCCGAUGACCAGGUGUCGUGGAACGAUCCUUGGUUGUACGCAGUUGACAAUCUGA